UCCAUGUUGCUGCCGUCAUCGAUCUCACCGCGGGCCACGUCGAGUAACACACCUACCUCCAACUGCUGCUGCUGGAAUUAAUCAAUCAGAUGCAAUCACAUUCUACGACGGGGUCACUUCGGAUUUUUCGGAGCCAGGUGUUGGUGGUAUUGUUUGCCACUUAGUGGGGCAUUCUGGUGUUGCCCUCGAGGCACAGCGACACAGACAGAAAGAGAGAGAAAGAAAGAGAGGGCGUUUGUUGAGAACAUAUCGGGCGUGCGUUUUUCUCGUCACGGUUUUGAAGUGACGAGGGUGACGAGAGGUAGAAUCUUUUAGCUUCGAAAGGGGACAACGUCACAAGGUUAGAAGUGAAGGCACUGGUGGUACCAAGUAGUAGAGGGGAUCUGAGGGAACGAGUCCAGAUGGGUUCUAUGGGGGCGGGGUCGCAAACCGCGACAGUAUCGCCUCUGGCCAAAUACAAGUUGGUGUUUCUGGGUGACCAGUCAGUGGGUAAAACAAGUAUCAUCACGCGAUUCAUGUAUGACAAAUUUGACAACACGUACCAGGCAACUAUUGGUAUUGAUUUUCUCUCCAAGACCAUGUAUCUUGAGGAUCGCACUGUUAGACUACAGCUCUGGGACACUGCUGGACAGGAGAGGUUUAGGAGUUUGAUUCCCAGCUACAUCCGGGAUUCGUCCGUGGCAGUGGUUGUCUAUGAUGUUUCCAAUCGGCAAUCGUUUAUGAAUACAGCUCGGUGGGUUGAAGAAGUCCGAACAGAGCGUGGAAGUGAUGUUAUUAUUAUGCUCGUCGGAAAUAAGACUGAUCUUGUUGAUAAACGUCAAGUGUCUAUUGAAGAAGGUGACGCUAAAGCUAAGGAAUUUGGAGUCAUGUUCAUUGAGACAAGUUCAAAAGCAGGUUUUAACAUCAAGGCACUGUUUCGAAAAAUUGCUGCUGCGUUGCCUGGAAUGGAGACUAUGUCUUCUCACAAGGAUGACCUUGUUGAUGUUAAUCUUAAACCUACGUUAAAUACACAGACGGAGGGUAAACCAGGAGGCUGUGCUUGUUAAUUGGAUUGAAAUAAUUUCUUUUGUAAGUUAUAGAAUGUUUUGGACUAUUCACUUUUCAAGAGAUAUUCUUGUACUAUUGUGAAAUCCAAAUAAGGAUGUUCAGGAGUUCAUGAGCUCAUAUCUAGUGCUUAUUUGAGCUUGAAGAGCUCAAAUUGGCGGCACAUAGGCUAGCUAAUUUUUUGAAUCGGGCUGUAGCGUUUUAUGAAUUGACGAUGUUCAACAUCGCUAUUAUCCAUGGAUAGGGUAAGAAUAAGGGUUCAGUCACAUUCUUUAGAUGAGUGCGGAUUGCCGGGAUUGGGACAAGCCAUUGAGUGAGAUGAUAGAGGUUACAAGCCGUAACACAUUUUUCUGACCUACAUUUUGCGAUUGUACAAAUUGAUUUCGCUUGCAUGCAUCAGUCACCACCUUCCAAGCA